CCAACGAGUUACUCAAUCGCCCCUGCUAGCCGCAAAUCCCUCAUACUUUGGUGACCUUAGGGGAGAUUUAGUGCUCCACCGCUGGACCCGGCGUCCCUUUGGCGCAAGGUACCUAUCGUCGAACUAUCCCAGAUAUAUCUGUGGUCCAUAUUAUAUUUAUACGCAAAUCUCUCACCGCCAUCCAUGACUCAAGGCAACUUUUCUUUUCACCAUCGACGCUCUCCUUCCGGUUCGUAUGCCCCGAAGCUGAGAACAGCCCGGCCGGCACUACAUCGGAAAGGCACAUCCUUUGUGAAUCACUCCAUCUCGAAGCUGGGUGCAGGACACACCAGGUAUAGUGAAUCAGAUAACGAGAGUCAAUUCGAGAUGGCGGCCAGUUUUCUCAAUUUUUGUUGCCGUCGCAAGGACUCCCAUAAACCACUCUCAGCUUCCUUCACAUCGAAUCACACCAUGUCAUCUUCCUCCACUCCUCCAUCUUCUCCUCCUAUGUCUCCCCGAACCAUUGUACCACCUAUGACUCCCACCAAAGCUCCUAUCACAUCGACUCAGGCCACCCGGAUACUGGGUGAGUUCCACGACUCCACGACAGAUCAGGACCCGUCCGAAUGGAAGCCGGUAAUACCCAUGGGUACCAAUGGUUCAGCCUCGCUGGCUUCAUCGGAAGCCUGGCAGUAUCUGUCUCGAUUUCACAGCGGCUCUGCGCCCGUCCCGAUGCGCCGUCCCAGGGUCGAACACCGGAGCUCAGCCAGUUUGUUCACGCUGUUGGGUAGUACGGGUGCCCCUCCAUCGCUGACACAUUCCCCAUCUACUGCGGCGUCUUCUUUCAGCAGCAAUGCUUCUGAGAGCUACCUGAAUGAGCCGGCCCAUCGUCCGUUGCCUCCCCGCCACAAAUCCAACUUCUCGGGUAGUGCUAAUGGCACGAAGGGCGUUGAGCUAGUUGUCCCUCACAUGGAGGUUCGGGUGGGGGACUCUACUGUCGACAUGACCAGGGGAUCCAUUUUUCCAGCAAGCAGUGGGCUUUGGGGGGAUCACAAUGACAAGUUGCCCGCAACCGUCAGGAUUUCGGGUACCGUGCCCCUCCAUACACCUGUGCGCCCGCAGUAAGAAUUUCUGUGGGUAGCUGGAUUGCUGCUGUCCUCAAUGGGCUUAAGUGACGUGAUUGUCAUUGUAAGGCGCGUGGACAUGGUGUUACGGGACUAGUUGGAUUAUAGCUAUCUUUCUUUUGGGUUUGAAACUUGCGUGUGGUUUUCAAGGAGUCAGCGGAUCUCCAAACAAGCGAGGAAAUAUGACGUUACGGACGAAGGACAUGGUAGUUCUAUCUUUGCUUUCAGAAUUCAGCGAAUCGCACCGAAUAGAUGUUAAUAGCGCAGGCUCAGACAAGCAUUUGGCUAAUAGGUUACAUAGAUAAGGUAUAGCAAAAAUGGAUUUUCAUGUGGUGUCUAUGUGACGAUGUGCCGACAGUAGUUCUAGG